UCAAAACUGACUUGACCGCCGCCGCCCAUUUCGCCCUCGCACGACACACCCCCAACCUACGCCCUCGGCCGUUUCUUCGCCAAUUCAAUAAAACAGAAACGCAAUCAUGGCUGCUGUCCAGGGAGCUAUUUCGAAGCGCCGCAAGUUCGUCGCCGACGGUGUCUUCUAUGCCGAGCUGAACGAGUUCUUCCAGCGCGAGCUGGCUGAGGAGGGAUACUCCGGCGUCGAAGUCCGUGUCACUCCCACCGUCACCGACAUCAUCAUCCGUGCCACCCACACCCAGGAGGUUCUCGGUGAGCAGGGCCGCCGCAUCCGCGAGCUCACCUCCCUCAUCCAGAAGCGCUUCAAGUUCCCCGAGAACUCCGUUUCCCUCUAUGCCGCCAAGGUCCAGAACCGCGGUCUCUCCGCCGUCGCUCAGUGCGAGUCCCUCCGCUACAAGCUCCUCAACGGUCUGGCCGUCCGCCGUGCUUGCUACGGUGUCCUCCGUUUCAUCAUGGAGAGCGGUGCCAAGGGUUGCGAGGUUGUCGUCUCCGGAAAGCUCCGUGCUGCCCGUGCCAAGUCCAUGAAGUUCACUGACGGUUUCAUGAUCCACUCCGGUCAGCCCGCCAAGGAAUUCAUCGACAGCGCCACCCGCCACGUUCUCCUCCGCCAGGGUGUCCUCGGUAUCAAGGUCAAGAUCAUGCGCGGUUCCGACCCCGAGGGCAAGGCCGGUCCCCAGAAGACUCUCCCCGAUGCCGUCACCAUCAUCGAGCCCAAGGAGGAGCAGCCCGUCCUGCAGCCCAUGAGCCAGGACUACGGCGCCAAGGCUCUUGCCGCUCAGCAGGCCGCUGAGCAGCAGCGUCUGGCCGAGCAGCAGGCCACCGAGGCCCAGGAGGGUGCCGGUGCCGAGGCUUACGCCCAGGAGUAAAGAAAAAAAAAAUCAUAUCCCAAACAAAAG